AUGGAAAAUCUGAAUUGUCAAACCAGAACCAAGCCCGAAUCCGGUGACGACUACGGCCGGAAGAAGCAGCAUCGACCCCCCCCCCGACACGAUACCGAGGACGAUGAUGAGAUCUACUACCACGAGAGUGGUGAUCUCUCAGCCGAAGUUCUCGCGGGCAAUCUCGCUGUGCUCCCCGAAAUCCAAAUCUCGACAACCGCGGAAGUCAGUAUCGAAGGUCCGCAGGUAGGAGAUUCCGGAUCAGCCACCCCCGAGGAGAUCGAGAAACACCGGCAGAUCAUUUGGAUGAAGCAACACCUCUUGAUCGGUAAAGGGGGACGCCCUACCGCCGCCGGCUAG